AACUAUACGCCAUAAUGAAAUCCGAGAUAUGUUUUCUCAUCUGUUGUCUGAUGUCUGUCAUGAUGUGGAAACGGAGCCCACGUUGCAAUCACUAAGUGGAGAGACGUUCUCUUUACGUUCAAGCAGUCGAGAUGAUGAUGCAAGAUUAGACAUUUCGGCAAGAGGUUUUUGGGGAGGAAGAUUUGAGAAGACAUAUUUUGAUGUCCGGGUGUUUAACCCCAAUGCCACCUCGUACACAUGUUUUGAAGUUGCAUCAUGCUAUAGAAGACAGGAACAAGAGAAGAAAAGGAAAUAUGAAGAAAGACUGAGAAAAGUAGAAAAUGCUUCCUUUACACCUAUUAUCCUUUCUUGCACUGGUGGCAUGAGCAAGCUUACAACGUCAUUUACCAAAAAGCUGGCCUCAAUGAUAUCUGAGAAAAAGGACACUCCAUACGGUAGCGUGAUCAACUGGCUAAGAUGUCGACUCGGGUUCGCACUCCUAAGAGCUUCCAUAAUGUGCAUCAGGGGCAGCAGGUGCAAACGCUACGUCAGGCCGGAAAACAAUAUUCUCCUGGCUACGUCUGAGGGGCACCUGGCCUCCUCAGCUUAGUGACUUUACUGUACAUGACAUAGUAGUAGUAAAAGUUGUACUAUUGUAUAUGACAGUAAUUGUUUAGUAGUAGUAAUAGUUUAUUGCCAUUCGCUGUAGGUUGCCGUUUGUGUAUACGUAGUCUGCUAUUGUUUCAAAUACACCAUAUCUUCUCAGUAGUAGUAGUAGUAG